AUGCCCCGCAGAGCUCACACCAAAUCACGGUACGGGUGUGACCACUGCCGACGGCGGCGAGUAAAAUGUGACGAGCAGGGACCACCGUGUACGAACUGCAUAGUGCGACAACUGGAAGGCUGCACUUAUUCCAGAGUUGUACCAGCAUGUAUCUCGGCCAAUGCCCGUCGGCCCAGUCAGGACACUAUCCAAACAAAUACAGUCGUCCCCGGAGCGCUCGUUGGACCGUAUGGCGCUACGCUUGGCGUCGAUGAGCUGGAGCUGAUGCACCAGUUUGCAACAGAAACAUAUCACAGUCUCUGUGUCAGUGAAUCAGAACAAAUUACAUGGCAAAAGCAUGUCCCACGCCUGGCACUGAAGCACCGAUAUCUCAUGCACGGGAUUAUGGCACUAGCCUCGCUCCAUAUCGCCACGACACUCGAGCCGCAAAAAGCACGGGUCUAUAUCGACGCAGGUCUUGAAUACCAUAACAUGAGCCUUGAGCCGUUCCGCAAUGCGAUUGACAACCUUACUCCCGAGAAAUAUGAUGCCGUGUUGGCGGAAUCGGUCGUGACCACAGCAAUUAGCCUUGCGCUGCCACAGUUGACUGCAACCAACGACAGUGUGGGGAAGAUGAUUGAAAAUAUCAUUACUGCAUUUGAGCUCCUCCAGGGGGUGAAGAAAAUUUUGACGAUUGGUCAACCCUGGAUUCAUCUACAAUUGUUCUCCCAGGGCGAAUUUUGGAAAGAUACAUCUGCCGAACUAGACGAUGAUACAGAUUCCGCACUGGAUCAGUUAUUGUCAUUGAAUGAACAGAUCAGGCUGAAUGGGGAUGAGACUCAGUACAUUAUUAAUCGAGAUGUCAUCAAUCAUCUCCGACACUGUUUCAUGAAAUUUGCAUGCUCGUCAGAUCCAGCCCCGGUUCUGGCAUGGCUCGCUGCCGUGGAUAAUGCCUAUGUGCAUAGCAUUCGAAGAAGAUCACCAUUUGCGCUUCUCAUCCUCGCACAUUGGGGCCUUCUACUCGGCGAACUUGGUGAAAAGCGAUGGUGGGCUCGAGAUAGCGGACAAGCCUUGAUAUCUGAGUUGCUUGAUGCGCUGACUACUGAAGAUCUUUUGUGGGAGAAUUGUCUGGGAUGGGUUCGGCGAAAGCUUUCCUUACAAAGCGUCCAGGUAAAAGGGAAUGCUUCUAUCGAGAAUUUGGGUUCAGUUUAA